UAAUUUGCCUCCUCGUCUCCCCCAGGUACCGGUGCCUUGGGCAACAUCAUCCAGACCCGUGGGAUUAUCCACUGAGCACCAGGACAUUAACUUAGGCUGCCAAUUUGGGCUAAGUAGUGAUCUUGAGGACCAAGUAACUGCCGUACGUCCAACACAAUGCCGCAGAACGAACACAUUGAGCUUCAUCGCAAGCGCCAUGGACGGCGACUUGAUUUUGAGGAACGGAAAAGGAAAAAGGAGGCUCGUGAACCUCACGAAAGAUCGGCCAAAGCUAAGAAGAUAUUUGGAUUAAAGGCCAAAUUGUACCACAAGCAGCGCUGCUCUGAGAAGAUACAGAUGAAGAAAACUAUUAAAGCUCAUGAAGCAAAGUUAACAAAACAGAAGGACACAGAUGCUGUACCAGAGGGAGCGGUGCCUUCCUACCUCUUGGACCGUGAGGGACAGUCUCGUGCCAAAGUCUUGUCAAAUAUGAUUAAACAGAAGAGGAAGGAAAAGGCCGGUAAAUGGGACGUCCCCAUUCCCAAAGUCCGAGCACAGUCCGAGGCAGAAGUGUUCAGAGUUGUUAAAUCCGGCAAGAGAAAGUCGAAGGCCUGGAAACGUAUGGUCACCAAAGUAACAUUCGUGGGAGAUCAGUUCACCAGGAAGCCGCCCAAGUUUGAAAGGUUCAUUCGACCAAUGGCUCUGAGAUUUAAAAAAGCUCACGUAACUCAUCCAGAAUUAAAGGCAACCUUUUGUCUUCCUAUUAUUGGGGUGAAGAAGAACCCCAGUUCAUCCACAUACACAUCUCUUGGUGUUAUAACUAAAGGCACAGUUAUUGAAGUUAACAUUAGUGAACUUGGUCUUGUUACUCAGAGUGGUAAAGUUGUGUGGGGUAAAUAUGCCCAGGUUACUAAUAACCCAGAGAACGAUGGUUGUAUCAAUGCUGUUCUCUUGGUGUAGUCACUAUGGGGCGAGGGAAACAUGUCACUCAUAUUUAACUCUGGGAAUGUCAACAGAUGGAGAAAAUUAUAUGUAUGAAAAGUUUAUUUUUAUUAAGUAAGAAUGACGCGGACUGAAAGGAGUGUGUGUGUCUGCUUGCUCUGUUUCUGGACAUACCACGCUGUAAUGGGGAGAAUUUGAUAUAUUUUUUUCCCCCCCCUCAAUGUUUACUGUUGAAAAUUGUAUUGGCAAGCUGAAUUUAUCAUGUUAAAAAAAUCCUGAUACAUUAACAUCUCAAUAAAGGUAAAAUGAAA